GACUCCGCAUCCGAUGACCGCGACAUCGACACGACGGAGAACAACAGUGGGGAGAGUUAACUUGAGUUUCAACGAGUGUACGUACUAAACUUGUAACUUUAUAAUGAUUUUAAGGUAACUGUCAGAAUUUGAUGACCUUCCAGAAGAUGUUAGUAACCGGUGAGAUGAUGAAGGACCAUGGCUUGCUGUGUAUUUCAUUCCUCAUCUGUUCACUUCUACUCCUUUAUAGUCCUAUAAUCAGUGGAGAACUUCAAGAUAUUUGUUUAGAGGGCAAGAUAGUACCAUGUCGCGAUAAUCUUAACGGAAGUUCUUUGAUGUUCUUGGAUCCAACUCCUCAGCCUCACAUCAGCGUUGUGAGAGGAAAAUACUUGAGUCCUUCAUUGUCUUGUAAAGCUGAGGGCUUCACCAACAUAACAUGGCUCAAGGAUGAUAGGUUUGAGUUUCCAUUUGGAUUUGAGCCGGAUAGCACCUUAUGUUCUGUUCAUCUAAAAGACUGUAACCAAACUGUAGAGAUUACUGACACUCAAAAGGAUGCUAUUGGUAACUACACAUGUCUUGUGUCAAAUGGUAGACAGACCAUACAGAGGACAUUCACUUUAAAUGUAGAAGAUGAAGACUUCACUGACGAUCCAUAUACAAUUGACCAUGAUAACUGCAGUGAUGUUGGAGUCGAACGUGGUCAAGAUAUCUUCAUCUUCUGUGAGUUCUGUGCUGAGGUCAGAGCUCAACAGACUGAUGUGAGAUGGUACAAACUUGAUGAAGAUGAGGAUUUGGUUCCUAUUAAUCAGUUGAUUGGUGAAGAAGAUGAGGAAGAAAGCCGGUAUUGGGAAUCAGCAAACAUUCACACCAGAGAUUGCUUGAAAACAUACAACUUACCUGCUGCUGUAGGAAGAAAGUUGAUUAUCAGAGAUGUUACACCAAAUGAGUUUGGUAGGUAUGUCAUCAUCGCUAAUUACACCCUUGAUGGAGAGUCAAAGGAGGGAAGGAUUGAUAUCACUGUAUCAAGAGCACCUUAUGUUAUAAUCGAGAUCACCGUUGGAAUUGUGGUAUCAUUGACUGUCACCUUCUUGUUGGUUACCAUAGUAACAGUAAUGUGUCAUCGCCACCACCUGACUCUACAGCUCUAUUGGAAGAAUCGCUUUGGCAAGAUAGAAGAACAUGAUGGGAUGGAAUACGAUGCAUUCAUCAGCUUCAGUGACUCUCUUGAGGAUACAAGAUUUGCUAUUGCAUUGGCUCAACUUCUUGAAAAAGGAUAUAAAGUUUGGAUGAGAGAUAUGCAUGCAAUACCUGGAGAAGCACUGAUUGCUGAGGAGAUUGUUAAUAUGAAACGAAGUAGACGAUGUAUUCUUAUCAUUUCUCCUGAUUACCCAAUGUCUUCACACAGCGAGGUCCUGACUGAUCUGGCAGCCGACCAGACUCUAAGAAAGCAAAGUCGCAUCAUCCCGAUCCUCUACCGAGAUGUCAACAAGGAGCAUUUGAAGCGUUAUCGACGUCUUGCUGAGAUAGUCAGGGUGUGUCCAUGCAUCGUCUGGAAGGAGACUGGAGAACAAUUGGAGACCCAACCUAGCAGUGGUAUUGGUUGGAAGAGUGUAGAGGAUGGUGGUGGGACCAGUGGGUGUGACCUUGAGGAGAUAUCAAGCAACCAUGUGAGUGAUGUAGGUAAGGAUUGUAGCAACCGCUUUGGGUCUGGCACUGCAGGAAUUACUAGCGAUAGUAACCUACCUAACGGUGAUGAUCACGAGAGUGUUGAUUCCAAUCAAAGCAGGAAGAUAGGUGAUUCUCAUAUUACAUCCACUAAUAAUAGUGAUAUAGGUAAGCUUGACUACCAUAGCAAGAAUGAUAUGAGAAUGACUCCUAGGGAUGGAGAUUUAGAUCAUAUUGAUGUGGACUCUCUUGCCUGCCGUAGCGACCAUGGUAUGAGAAAGACUCUUAGAGAUGGAGAUUUAGAUCAACUUAUUGAUGAUCAAGAAGAUGAAGAGAGUAAAAAGAGGAAGAUGAAAUGGAAGAAGCAGAAGGAAGGAUAUGAGAAGAAACUUCUUUUGAAAAUGCCACCUAAACGAGCAGUGGCCAAACCUGAUGGGAAUGAAGCUCCAACGGUUGUGUAAUCCAUUCAUUGCCAUUCUAUAUCACAUUAAAGUUUACUCUUUAUCAAUUUAUUUGCGCAAUUUGCACUACCCCUAUGCUAAAAUUAAUCUAUAUUAUUCACAUGUAUUUUAUCACACAAUAGAAUAUAGCUCAAUUUUCAAAUCGUUGAAAAUGUUUUUGUUUUUUUCUGGACGUAUUGUAUGUCCAUGCAUGAGAAAAUACCAUCAUGAAUAUUGAGUGGACUCAAUAUUGAGUUGAUGAUGAUGAUGAUGAUGGGUUCUUGUAUAGCGCCGGUAUCCGCCUCAGCUGGGCGCUCAUGGCGCUUGCUCAAAAAUAGGAAAUAUCUCACAAAUUUCAAUGUCUUUAAACAGUGCUUAGGAUAAUCAUUCAGUUCAAGUACUGUCCUAGUAAUGCUACAAUUGAGUUAUUCUUGCAAUAAUGUUGGAGUGGGGAACAGAAAAGUCUUCAGGUAAGACUCAAAAGUUGAUUGGGUCUCUGCUCUCCUGAUAAAUUGAGGAAGGCUAUUCCACAGCUUUGGUCCAGAGAUGUAGAAGGCUCUGUCACCCCAAGUUGUGUGGCUGAGAGAUUCUGUCAGCAAUGCUUGAUCUGCUGAUCUGAGACUGCGUGUUGGUCUAUGCUGAGAUAAGAGCUCUGAUAUGUAGGGUGGAGAUUUAUCGUUAAGCGCUUUAAAUACGAGGACCCCAAGUUUAUAGGAUAUUCUCUGGUUGACAGGCAGCCAAUGUAGGUCACGCAGAAUUGGAGUAAUGUGGACUCUCUUUCUUUGAAGGGAUACAAGACGUGCGGCCAUGUUCUGCAGACGCUGAAGUCUGUGCAGUUGAUGUUGAGUCAAACCAGUCAAAAUUGAGUUGCAAAUGUCCAGUCGGGUUGUUACAAAGGCAUGAACAAGGAGUUGAUCCGGGAGUUGAUAUGGUUUAUUUGUAGAAUUCACUGUCUUUUCAUAUUAAAAUCCAAGAUGAAAUGAUGUUAGUCUACCAAGUGUUCUUGUGCCAAAUUACUGCCAAUAGGGGUGAUUUAUCUAAACCCAUACCCAUAAUGUAGGAUGGCUCUUAGACUGACAUUGAAGUUCACUUUACAAAAGUUAGUACACAUAAGCUGAACUGGUAGAUAUGUUGCUCAAAGUUUUAUAAAUAUAUAUAUGGGUAAUCUACAUGUAGCCUGCUUGCUGCUAAUCGGGUAAGGCAAGUUCUGUGUGCUGUCAUACAAAGAGUUGCGAUUGAUCAAAUCAACUGCAACUAUGGAAAGCCAGCAACGUCAACAUCUUAAAUGCAUGUUUCUUCAAAAGUUUUUCUAGAUUUGCUGUAUAUUCAUACAUUCAUUAUUUUCUUUAAAAUUUGGUGUGCUUCUCUUUGUAAUACAAAGGACAUUGUGCAAAUUUCCUGAAGAUUAAAUUUUGACAUUGAUGGAUUUCCAUUGGGUUGAGGUUGAACAGAUCAAUCGUAAGAUGGGGCCCUCUUCUCCAGAACUACGUAAUGUGGAGAGAAGAGAAAUGACUUUCAUACUGAUUGAUGUCUAUUUGGUCCUACUUCUUCUUGUUUUCUCCUUCUCACUCACCAUUGUAAAUUUUAUGCAUAUUCAGAAUCAGCGCCCCACCCCCAUCAACAUUCAUAAUCAUUCUGUUCCCUAUCAUGUACAUGCUGGUUGUAAGAAAGUUUGAGUACUCUUUUGGAAUAAACUACUCCUUUAGACAUCAACCAGUAUUAAAGUUAUUCCUCUUCUCUUCACAGUAAGUACUGGUAGUUCUGAAGAAAAGGGCCCCAUCUUACAAAGAGUUAUGAUUGAUCAGAUCAAUGUCAACUGUAUGGAAACCCAUCAAUGUCAUGAUUAUUUUACAGGAAAUUUAUACAAUGUCCUUAUUAAAAAGCACACUUAAUUUUCAAGAAAACAAUGUAUGUAUGAAUAUACAGCAAAUCUAGAAUAUCUUUUGAAUUAUUUGUUUUAAUAGUGUAUACUACAAUGUGCAAUGUACUGAAUGUAGCAUCUAGGUGUAUUACACUUAUGAAUCAUUAUGGUGGUGGUUGAAAUAAUAAUUGCAAGUAAAUAUUCAAUACUUUGAUGUGUGUAUAUAAUAGUUUGUAUAUCACUAGUUCUUUCAUUGUAUACGAUUUGCAAUAUACCAUUUCAUCAUUAUGAAUUUAUACUAGGGUGUUGGGUUAUAUUGAUCUCUCAUUUCUGUGGAAACACCUUAGUACUUUCAUAUUCUGUGAACUAUUCUUCAGACAACCAUUUUAUGAUGAUGAUUUCAAACUUCAAAAUUCAGGAUUUAAAGACAAAAAUUUAAAAAUACUCGAGUAAUAUGAAAUGCUGGAAUAGGUGCAUUUUGAAGAUAUCUUUUUGCAGAAUCAUUUGGAAAUGUGCUUGAACACAAUGAAAAUCUCAACUGUUAUGGUGCUAUUCUUGUGUUUCAAACCUUGCAUGACGAAUGAUAUUUGUAUACAUUUGCUAUAUUAUAUUAUAUUUCAUUUGACAUGAGUGACUAUCGUGGCCUUUUUAAUCUGUCCUCAGCACUUAUCCUACUGGUAUAUUUUAAAAAGAAAUUACAACUCGCCUCAGUGCAGGAUAUAAUGCAGUACUAUGUACAAUCAAUUUGAUGAAUUUAUAUUUUCUUAUUUACAUAAUAAUGCAAUAACAUCUUGUGCAUUGUAUAAGUUUUAAGCUAAGAUGUAUUUUUGCAGAUCUUUUAUUUAUGUAUCUUGAUAUACAUUGUUGACAAAGCAGCAAUUGUUUUUAUUUGUAUUUGUAACUUGUUACUUUUAAGUUAAAAAAAUAUAUAUUUAGAUCUUUCACAAUGUGAAAUAAACGUUAGACUGUCAUGGUUGUGACCAUUAUAAAUUAUUAUUAUUAUAAUGAAUGAUUUGAACAAAUUAGAUUAACAUAUUUGCCAGAGAAAUGGUUGGAAUAUUACAGGUGUUUUUCUAUAAUUUUAAAUCAGUUAUCUAUUACAAAAGAAAAGAAAUAAAAAUUGGAAUAGUCAUGUUGAAUUCAGAUUUUUAAUCUUUGAUCUGACCUUUUUUAGGAAGGGAGUUUGUAAAAUAAAAGAGGUAGUAUUGUUGGGAAACUGAAUCAUUUAUGUAACAAAGGAAAAUAUCUCUUUAAAAAAAUUUACUACAAUAAAUUGUAUUCUUUUUUAUCAGGCCCAUAGCAAAAAAGGAGGCAGUGUAUAACGUUCCUUUCCCAUUCUUAAAAUGUUUGGGUUAUUUUAAGAACCCCAAAGACAGUAGGUCCAAUUUUGCUAAGUCUUUAGGUUGAUUCGUCUAGGAUCAAAAUUGCAACAUCCUGUCCAAGCGAUUGAUGCUUUUCAGCUGAGCUGGAAUACCUGGUUUUCUUGAACUAAAAUAUCAAGUUCUAAUCACGUAAAAGUGUGAAAGUCCCAUGGAUAGGAGUUCAGGGGCUGUCUCGUCAAACAAAAAGAAAAAAUAAUCACUGGGAAUUGCCUUAUCUCACUUGGUGUGAGGGCAAGGAAUAUAAGGAUAUACAUGUCCAUAUGAUGUUGUUUUCCAUUGUCUAUACAUAGUACUACUACAAUUAAAAGGGUGCCUGUAUGAUCUUAUCAUCUUGCCAGUGUGUUUGUAUUAUAUGUUGAACUUUGAACUAAACUUGAAUAUGACGAGUUGACUACAUGUCAAUGGCAUGUAUUCUGAACUCAGGUUUAAAUUAAACCCUAGUUUAAAGUUGUGGUUUAACUAUGGAGAGCUAAUUGGGGCACAAAGCACUAACAGUACACAUCCAAUUUAUUAACUCACAUGACACUCAAAUUGUUCAUAAUUGUCUGGGAAUGAUUACUGAAAAAAGGGAAACAAAAUAAUAAACAUUAGAAAUAUACAAUAUAGACAAAAAAAUUGAAUUUUUGGCUUCCCAUAAUUUUAGCACAGAGUUAGACCAUGGUCUAAGUUAAACCUAACUUCAGAAUACGGGCCUAUGUUUCUAGUAUUUAAUCAGGAAAUUAAUAGAAUUGAUCAAGAUAUCAAUUGGCGUAAAUUGUUAAGGUUAUUAUUUUGUUAAGGAGAACAACUCAUUAAAUUUUUGUAUAAUUUUA